CGAUCGUAAAGGCUUUUUUUCUAUUAAUUUAAAGAUAUAAUAUCGGCAAUCACGUAAACAAAUUACUCGAAAACGAAAAACUAGAGGAAGCUUCCUUCCUUCCUUCCCAUGCACGGAAGCUUCACUAAUCACUACUAAAUAUCAGCUCCUCCAAAUUAAAUCAACCAGCAGCAAACCAUCCAGUACGAGCUGAGCAGCCACCAUGGCGUCGCCGGCGCCGGCGCCGGUGAAGGUGAUCGGCACCUUCGACAGCCCGUACAGCCAACGCGCGGAGGCCGCCCUGCGGCUCAAGGGCGUGCCAUACGAGCUCAUCCUGGAGGACCUCCGCAACAAGAGCGACCUGCUGCUCACCCACAACCCCAUCCACAAGAAGGUCCCCGUCCUCCUCCACGGCGACGACGACCACCGCGCCGCCGUCUGCGAGUCCCUUGUCAUCGUCGAGUACGUCGACGAGGCGUUCCCGGCCCCGCUCCUCCUCCUCCCCGCCGACCCCGGCCUCCGCGCCGCCGCCCGCUUCUGGGCCCGAUUCAUCGACGACAAGUGCACGAAGCCGUUCUGGCUGGCGCUGUGGUCGACGGACGACGGCGAGGUGCGGGAGGGCUUCGCGGCGGAGAUCAAGGAGAACCUGAAGCUCCUCGAGGCGCAGCUCAAGGGGAGGCGAUUCUUCGGAGGCGACGCCAUCGGCUACCUCGACCUGGCCGCCAGUGGGUACGCCUACUGGCUGGAGGUGCUAGAGGAGGUCGCCGGGGUGAGCCUGGUCACCGGCGACGAGUUCCCCGACCUCUGCCGCUGGGCGAAGGAGUACGCCGCCGACGACAGGAUCAAGGCGUGCCUCCCGGACAGGGCCAAGCUGCUCGAACACUUCACGGCGAUGAAGGAGAUGUUCAUGGCGACGGCGAGGUCAAUGGCGGCAAAAUGAAGCGUGGGAUAAUGUUGCUGUCGCGCGCAGAAAGUGAUGGCCACUUUUGUUUUGUCAUGGUGUGUAGUGUACUGGGCCGGAAUAAAUAAAGAAGGCUUUGCUUUCUGUCU